CCCGCCCCAGACCCCUCGGCUGCUGCGGGCCAGGGGCUGCCACAUCGCCCGGCCUCCCCACUUCCCUCGCCCGCCCCAGCCCACCUCCCCCCACCGGUCCGCCUUCUCCCUCCCCCCGCCACCCUCGCUGCUGACGUCUGGCUCUGCCCGUCUGAAAACUCCGCGCCGCGGCGGAUGCGGCGGCUUUCAGGGGCUCGGCAGCCGCGGCGAAGAUGGUGGCGGCGCCCUGCGCUCGCAGGCUGGCCCGGCGCUCGCACUCGGCGCUCAUCGCGGCGCUCACCGUGCUGCUCCUGCAGACCCUGGUGGUGUGGAAUUUCAGCAGCCUGGACUCCGGCGAGGAGCAGCGGGCCGGCGGCGGCCGGGAGAAGCGGGACCGGGGCGGCGGUGGCGAGAGCAGCGACCACCGGGCGCAUCAGCACCGCAGAGGACCUGCUGCAUUCCACAGCAAGGCGCUGGACCAGCCUCCCCGUCCCUACACCGGCUUGGAGACCCAGGAUGGUUAUUUUUCCCACCGGCCAAAAGAGAAAAUGCGAACAGACAGCAAUAAUGAAAACUCUGUACCCAAGGACUUUGAAAAUAUUGAUAACAGUAACUUUGCUCCCAGGACUCAGCGGCAAAAAUACCAGCCUGAACUGGUGAAGAAGCCUCUUAGCAAGCAGAAGGAGCACUUGAAAAAGAAACUAGAGCAAGAAGGAAAGCUGAAGGAGAACUCACUCCUGGGGAAGAACUCCAAUGAAGUGCUUCAGUUCAGGCAUCAUGCUCAAAAGAACAGCAGCAGCAAUUUGAAGGAGAUUCACAAGUCUCCCCGACAGCCUCAUUUAAAAAGGAGUGGGAACAACUCCCCUGAAAUAAGAUAUGACCAGCCACCAAAAUGUGAAAUAUCGGGCAAGGAGGCAAUCUCAGCUCUGUCUCGGUCCAAAUCCAAGCACUGUCGGCGGGAGAUUGCAGAGAUAUACUGUCAACACAAGCAAGGAAAGCUGAUGCCUGAGAAGGUGAUGCGUUUGUGUCCCCUGGAUGGAAAAGCCAACAACAAUGUACAAUGGGACGAGGACUCCGUAGAAUACAUGCCUGCCAACCCAGUCAGGAUCGCAUUUGUCUUGGUUGUUCAUGGCAGAGCUUCUCGGCAGCUCCAACGCAUGUUUAAGGCUAUUUACCAUAAAGACCAUUUCUAUUACAUUCAUGUUGACAAGCGAUCCAAUUACCUACACCGGAAAGUGCUCCAGUUUGCUAGCCAGUAUCCGAAUGUGAGAGUCACCCCUUGGCGAAUGGCAACUAUCUGGGGAGGAGCGAGUCUUCUGUCCACCUAUCUACAGAGUAUGAGGGAUUUAAUUGAGAUGAAUGACUGGCCCUGGGAUUUCUUCAUUAAUCUUAGUGCUGCCGACUAUCCUAUCAGGACAAAUGAUCAGCUAGUGGCGUUCCUGUCCAGGUAUCGCGGUAUGAACUUCUUGAAGUCGCAUGGGAGGGACAAUGCAAGGUUUAUUAGAAAACAAGGUCUGGACAGGCUUUUCCUAGAAUGUGAUACACACAUGUGGCGCCUUGGAGACCGGAAAAUCCCAGAAGGAAUAACUCUGGAUGGAGGGUCAGACUGGUUCCUAUUGAACAGGAACUUUGUGGAGUAUGUCAUCUUUUCCAGUGAUGAUCUGGUGACAAAGAUGAAGAGGUUCUAUUCGUAUACUUUGCUUCCCGCUGAGUCCUUCUUUCAUACUGUCCUGGAAAAUAGCCCUCACUGUGACUCCAUGGUGGACAACAAUUUGCGCAUCACUAACUGGAACCGUAAACUGGGCUGCAAAUGUCAGUACAAGCACAUUGUUGAUUGGUGUGGCUGCUCGCCUAAUGAUUUCAAACCACCAGACUUCCACAGAUUUCAGCAAACCGCCAGGCCAACGUUCUUUGCCCGCAAAUUUGAAGCCGUGGUGAAUCAAGAAAUCAUUGGUCAGUUGGACUAUUAUUUGUAUGGUAACUACCCAUCUGGCACGCCAGGCCUCAGGUCGUAUUGGGAGAAUAUAUAUGAUGAGCCCGAUGGCAUCCAUAGCCUCAGUGAUGUCAUUCUGACCAUGUAUCACUCAUUUUCCCGCUUGGGCCUAAGGAGAGCUGAGACGUCAUUGCACACUGAUGGAGACAACAGCUGCCGGUACUAUCCCAUGGGCCAUCCAGUUUCAGUCCAACUCUACUUCCUCGCUGAUCGUUUUCAGGGCUUCUUAAUCAAACAUCAUGCAACAAAUCUGGCUGUCAGUAAACUAGAGACUUUGGAAACUUGGGUGAUGCCAAAGAAAAUGUUUAAGAUUGUUAGUCCACCAAGUGAUUUUGGAAGGCUGCAGUUUUCAGAGAUUGGCACUGACUGGGAUGCAAAGGAAAGGAUAUUUCGGAACUUUGGAGGACUUAUUGGGCCGAUGGAUGAACCAGUUGGCAUGCAGAAGUGGGGAAAAGGCCCUAAUGUCACAGUCACUGUGAUCUGGGUGGACCCUAUCAAUGUAAUCGCAGCUACAUAUGAUAUCCUUAUUGAAUCUAGUGCAGAAUUUACUCACUACAAACCACCUUUGAAUUUGCCACUGCGGCCUGGAGUUUGGACCAUUAAAAUUCUGCACCACUGGGUACCUGUAGCUGAAACCAAAUUCCUUGUUACUCCUCUUACAUUCUCCAACAGGCAACCUAUCAAACAAGAAGAAUCCAUGAGGUUGCACAGUGGGCCUCCUAAGAACGCGUACAUGGAGCAGAGCUUCCAAGGCUUGAAUCCGGUUUUAAAUAUCCCUAUCAAGGCAGCUCAAGUGGACCAGGCAAAAAAGAAUGCAGCGCUCAUAGGUACCGAGCUGGAGAACUGGGUGGACACCUUGGUCAGCGGCAUAUGGUCAGCAGUGGAUGUCUGUAGCACAGGUCCAACUUCCUGUCCAGUCAUGCAGGCUUGCAGUCAAACAGCCUGGAGUUCCCUGAGCCCAGACCCUAAGUCAGAGCUGGGUCCCAUUAAACCUGAUGGGCGUUUGAGGUAGCAUCUGGUAUACCCUUCUUUGGCACAGGUUUUAAAAGAGAAUUUAACCUUUCUUAUAUAUGAACCUGACUACAGAUUUCAAAACCUCGAUGAAACUUUUUGUUGUCUAUUUUUAAAAAUCUGGCAAAAUCUUUGGCAUUGUUUCUCCUUCAGAUCCAUCAGUCUAAGCUUCAGCAGCACUGUGCAUUUCCUCUGUAUCUUUUAUAGAGUCACAGUCCUUCUUCAUUCACUUCAUAUCUAAAAGGCUCCAACAUUUUCUUGCUCUGAUUAUGAAAUGGUAACAUAGCACAUCUGGUAUGUUCAGAGGGUAAAAAAGAAGCAGUUGCUAAAAAUAUCUUCUGUCAAAAACACCUAUGCAUAUUUUGAAUAUUUACAUUUUAAUUAUUUUGCUACCAUAAAUAACCAGAAACUCCAAUAUAUCUUUACCGGGAAGAAUGAUCUAUAAAAUAUGGUUAAAAUGUUUUACAAGAUGUAAAAAAAUUGGGACCCACCCUGACUAUUUUUAUAAUGUUAAGAAUUUCUAGGCUUGAUUCAUCAUUGUGUUAACUCCAGUUUCAGACCAGCGUGCAUCACACUGGCAUAGAAACCAGGCUAACAGAGUGGUGCAUUAGGCUUCCUCUCUCUUUUUAGAGGUCAGACAUUCUCAUCUAUUUGAUGAUCUCUGAACAAAAUGAGUGUUAUAAAAUGAUAUUUUUUAUUCCUCCUAUGAAUAGUCAUCAGUCACCACAAGGUCUGGGCACCACUUGCAGUAUUAAAAACAAGUAUUCUCAUUACCCAAAGUCCAGAUUCUUUGAAAUCUGCAUUUUAAAAAAAAUCCACACAGAACACCCUCUGCAUAUAAGCAGGUGUGCAAAUUCCACAUAUAUCAGCAGGUUUGUGCAUGCAGCUUAUAUGUAUGGACGCUCAGGCCCAGGCUGUGAUACUCCUGCUCACAUGGCAGCAUACCCUUUUCCAUGAGUAGCCUGAUUGGGUUCAAUGGGCCAACUCACAGUGUAAGAUUCUACUCUGAGUUAGUCAAAGUGGCAGAAUCUGGCCCUUAAUGAUGUAGGUUUGGAACCUUUUCCAUUGAUUUCAGUGGGCGAAAGACUGGGACCUAAUUAUGCAGUGAGCUGAUUCUGCACUAUUUUAAGUAGCGGCUAACUAGUCUAACACUAAUUGUCUCUGUUGGUCCCAGACCUGCCAGUAUUCAUGAAGAAGGAUAGUUUUGAGAUUGCAUGGUACAUCUGGAAGGUUGUGGAGAGUGGCACCUUGAGUGUAAUGGAGAUUCCUGACUGAAGCCAUGAAUUGAAUAAAGGAGAGCAAAUGCCCUUCUUCAGAGUGCUUUUAUUUUAUUUUAUUUAUUUUUGUCAACAAGCUCUAAUCUUGCUUGUAUUGACUCUUUUGACUCUUGGGCAGGCUGCAUCCUGUUUAAAUACAGAUGUGGUACAUCAUUUGAACCUGAGCUUUCAACACUGAAAAAAAUCCAAUUUUAAAUUCUGAGGACUUCUUAAAAUAUUUUUCUUAUAUGCAAAUUCAUCUCUAGCUGAAGCAUUUUGCAUGUAAUGUGCACUUUUAUUUUGUGGUCCGUUGAGUACAAUGUACCCAGAAACUUCAAGGAACCUUAAUGAGAUUAAUUAUAAAAUGCCCUAUUAAUUUAAUAAAGUAAGGUGUCUGUUUUCCCUUCUGUGGCAUGUAUAACUUUCAUUACCGCUAAUGAGAGUUAAGCUCACGCAUCUGGGAGGAAAUAGACCCUUAAAUCUUUUCAUAACCACAUAUCACAAAAAAGGUUGAAUUCUCUUUUAAAUAAUGGUUGCAAAAUGACCAUAAAACAGAGAUCCCAAUGGCUUGUUAUAUUUUUCUCCAUUUAGUUUAAAGCUCCUGCAGUUUGCUUUGGACUUGAAAUUUCAAUGUCAGCUGUGCUGGCAUUAAGGCAGAACAUUUAAAUGUUUAUCUGGAACAAAGGUGGAUGCAUAGGAGGAACAGUUUAGAUAUUUAUUUUUUAUGUUUUUAGUCAAUGACUAAUUCGUAGGUGCUGCUUUUGCAGCUUGAAGAUUUUAUCUUACUAACUAAAGCUGCCUUUAUUAAGAAAAGGCCUUUUCCUCCUCAGACCUCCAUUUCUUUCUACCUUCUUGAUUUUGACAGUCUGGCAGCUGUAGUUCUAGAAAAGCUUGUAGUUAUUAGAGCUGGUUGGAAAGUUUCUGUCUAAACAAUGUUCCUGUUUUUCAGCUGGCUCUAGCGGUGAGUGUGUUCAGACCAACAUUGCCAACAGGUUUAUAUAAUAGAAACACUUCUCUUUCAGUGCUUUUUAAAAAAUAAUACUUUUUAUCUAACAUUCCAUCAGAAAUGUCAAAUCUCCAGGGGACCACUAAUCUUCACUAUGAAUUUAGGGUUUUAGCCACAUUGACCCAAUGGGAAUUGCAAUGGCUAAAGUAAAAGCCCUGCAGAUCAAGUGGAGAUUAUCACAUUCAGUCAUGGAUUAGGGUAUAAAUAAUAAGAUUCAUCCACUCUCCUAGUCUUUAGAUCAUUCCAGUUAAAUCUGCUGAUGAAUUCAUGAGAUCUGGACUCUUGCACGCGCGUGCACACACACACACACACACACACACAGAGAUAACCAGGUUUUUAAAUUUGAUACCUUUUUUAUUAUUGAGGAGUGUUUUUUUAAUGCUUUGCUGGGAAGUUCUCAUUAUUAAAUUUCUCAAACAGAAGUUGGAAACAAUCCAGUCUCUCUUUUAUGGAUAGAACAGUAGCCACCACUUGUAUCAUUUAAAAUAUAAGAGAUUCAAAGGACUUUGUUUUAGUUCCUAUUUCACAAUUUUUAAAAAUCCCAAAUUGUUGGUGACACAAAAAUUUUAUGCUAUGUUGUAAACAUCUCAAAAGAAAUAUUUUAUAGUAUUUUAUUUUCUAAAUAACAAAAAGAGUCUAUAAGUACUGUAGCAAGCCGGCAAUGCCAGUGCUGCUAUUAAAAUACUAGAAGUAAAAAUAAAGGGUCAAAUCCUGCAGUCCUUCUUAGGCAAACUUCUAUGGAUGGAUGAUUCUGAGUACAGUCUUUAGACUCAAGCCCAGCAUAAGUGAAAGUAUGACACUGGGCUAUGAAUAAAGUCUGUAUGUGUUUAAAAGCAGCAGAGAAUGAGACUCUUCGAGAGCUUCUCAGUUCACAGCAUUAUUUGAGGUAGGUGUCAAGCUUUCGACCGAAAUGAUCAUGUUCUACCAUAGCUGCUAUUCUGCAGAUACAGAAGAAUACAAAAUAUAAUGGACAGUGUGUCAUAAAGUUCUAUAAAUUAUGAAGUGAAAAAUCAUGGCAAGCAAGACUGUUUCUAUUUGCGAACAGAGCCUGCCCCAAAAUUAUUACUAAGACAGUACUGCUAAGGUCUAGAUUCUGCUCAGUGUCUUUUCCAGUUCUAAAAUACCGGGCACUUGAUACCUAUGAUGAACAUUAUGUCUUGUUAGAAGAGAAUAACUUUCACAGAUCUUACAUUUGGUAAAAAGGAGAAUUCGAAGCAGGGAGCCACUGUUUAUAUGAAACAAACAAGUUAUACAUGUGUUCAUUUGAAAGUUCUAAUAGUAUUUUCAGAGCAUGCUGGCUAGUGAUAUUUUAUAAGAUUCCAUUUGAAAGCCAGCUGUGACCAUAUGCCUUCCAUGGGAGAAGCGUGUAUUUCCAUAUGCACUGUGUGGAGUGAUGUGCUCAUUUAAACACCAUGCCCCUGCCGCUAGACAGACAUGUGGCACUUGUACAAUCAACCAGCCUGAUUCAGGCCAGAAGGAUAUGUGGCAAAAUGCAGAACAUCUGCAUACCUUUUUUUAUGAAUUAAAUCCAAAGUGAAUCCUAGUGAUAUGCAGACCUGCUUCUGUGGUGAUAUUAUACCUUGAGGCGAACAGAAAUUAGUUCAAAUGAGUUUAUUUUCUAGAUGUGGACCAGUUUUUUUAUUUAUAAAGUUUGACUGGAUAUGGAGUAAUAAUAUUUAUAUAUUAGGUUUCUGAUGUGUGACAUUUUUAGUAUUAAAAUCAUGUCCUCAUUUUUGUUCUAUAUGCAGGGCUGAAGGGACAGAGUAUACUAACAAUUUUCUCAUUGGCAAGUACUGCUACAAGCUAUAUCUCUAUAGCUAAAUGUGGAGAGCUAGGUGUAUACAGUAGGGUGUAACAGAUUAACUUUCCUAGAUACUGGCUUCAACGCAAAAAAUCUUGCACAUACCGUUGCUUUAAUGAUGAUCCUACAGCACCUUCCAAAGGAUCAGCUAAUGGGUAUUCAGCCUCUGGCCAUCCUUUACAAAUCUAAUGGUACCGGUAACAU